CAUCACUAUAGACCCCUCCUAUGCUUUUCAAUAUACGUGUGUAUAAUCUCUUGUUUGCUGAUUAUGGGAAAUGGGUUUUGUCCAAAACUCAUUUCUAUGGGCUAUUAUAUUCUGAAACUCAAUUAUAAAAGAAACUAAAAUAUGGAAUGUUAUUUAUCAUUAUUAUUAUUUUAAAAAGGUUCAUUUUUUAGGGGAAAAAGUUUUGAAUAAAAAAGUUGGCAUCCCUGGUUUGUUACUGAAAGGUGCAUUCUUCUGGAAACGCGUUGAACGUCCAGGUUUUAGAUAGCCAGAAAAAAAUGGUGAAGAUCUGUUGCAUUGGUGCUGGCUAUGUUGGGGGUCCUACCAUGGCUGUUAUUGCAUUGAAGUGCCCCUCAAUUGAAGUAGCUGUUGUUGACAUCUCAGUUUCUAGGAUUGCUGCAUGGAAUAGUGAUCAGCUUCCCAUUUACGAGCCGGGCCUUGAUGAGGUGGUGAAGCAGUGCAGAGGAAAGAACCUCUUCUUCAGCACAGACGUUGAGAAACAUGUCUCAGAAGCAGACAUAAUCUUUGUUUCUGUUAAUACCCCAACAAAAACUCGGGGCCUUGGAGCAGGCAAAGCUGCAGACUUGACUUAUUGGGAGAGUGCUGCCCGAAUGAUUGCUGAUGUAUCUAAAUCCAAUAAAAUUGUUGUUGAGAAAUCUACUGUUCCCGUGAAAACUGCUGAGGCAAUUGAAAAAAUUCUGACCCAUAAUAGUAGAGGCAUCAAAUAUCAGAUUCUGUCCAACCCAGAAUUUCUUGCAGAGGGGACGGCUAUUCAGGAUCUUUUUAACCCUGACAGGGUUCUCAUUGGAGGGAGGGAAACCCCAGAUGGCCAAAAGGCCAUUCAGGCUCUUAAAGAUGUAUAUGCACAUUGGGUUCCUGAAGAUAGAAUCAUUUCAACCAAUCUCUGGUCAGCAGAGCUCUCAAAGCUAGCUGCAAAUGCCUUUCUGGCACAGAGAAUUUCUUCUGUGAAUGCAAUGUCAGCUCUCUGUGAAGCAACUGGCGCAGAUGUUUCACAAGUUUCCUACGCUGUUGGCAAGGACACCAGAAUUGGUCCUAAGUUCUUAAAUGCAAGUGUUGGUUUUGGAGGAUCUUGCUUUCAGAAGGAUAUCCUCAACUUGGUCUACAUCUGUGAGUGCAAUGGCCUACCUGAAGUAGCUAACUACUGGAAACAAGUUAUUAAGAUCAAUGACUAUCAGAAGAACCGAUUCGUAAAUAGAUUAGUCUCUUCAAUGUUCAAUACAGUUUCAGGCAAAAAGAUUGCCAUCCUUGGUUUUGCAUUCAAGAAGGACACUGGUGACACAAGGGAAACACCAGCCAUUGAUGUAUGCAAAGGCUUGCUAGGUGACAAGGCACACUUGAAAAUAUAUGACCCACAGGUGACUGAGGAUCAGAUCCAGAGAGAUCUGUCUAUGAAUAAAUUUGAUUGGGAUCAUCCAGUUCAUCUUCAGCCAAUGAGCCCUGGUGCUGUGAAGCAAGUGAGUGUGGCAUGGGAUGCUUAUGAGGCCACGAAGGAUGCUCAUGGGAUCUGCAUUCUUACUGAGUGGGACGAAUUCAAGACCCUUGAUUAUCAGAGGAUUUAUGACAAUAUGCAGAAGCCUGCAUUUGUGUUUGAUGGACGAAACAUUGUGAAUGUUGACAAGUUGAGGGAGAUUGGUUUCAUUGUUUACUCCAUAGGGAAACCAUUGGAUCCAUGGCUAAAAGACAUGCCUGCUGUGGCUUGAGUUUCUUCUCCUGGAAUCUGAAGCCAGAACUGAGCAAUCUGGAAGCUGCAUUUUGAUUCUUUUAUUCUGUGCUUGUUUCUUUUAUUUUCCUUGAAUUAGUUGAAAAUAAUAUUUAAUCGAAUAAUAAGAUCUGCUCUUUUUGUUUC